AUGCACUUCGUAAAAAAAUACCCCUCCACUGCUGAGCAGAAGGCCAAAAAAAAGAUUGAAAUGGCUGCGAAUUUGAAGUUUUAUGUCACUGUGAGGGACAAAAUUUUCGAAAAGCGAAAGAACAAUCAGUUUGAUAAGGAAAUGCUUGUGUUGACGGCUUCAGCAUUGGCAAAGAAUCCCGAAAUAUAUACGUUUUGGAACAUUAGACGGAAAGGAAUCGAUAUACUAUUGAAGGAAUCAGAACAAAAGAAUGAAGAACCUUCUGACAGAGAAUCAUUAAUUCGUGCUGAAUUAUUGCUGACAGAAACGUGUCUAGAAAAGAACUGUAAAUCGUAUUCUGCGUGGUUUCAUCGGUUUUGGUGUUUCAAACAGUUAAAGAAACCUGACGUUGAUAAAGAAUUAGCUUUAUGUGAAAAAUUCCUAUCCAUGGAUUGCAGAAAUUUCCACUGUUGGGAUUACAGACGACAAAUAGUUCACUUCUUUGAUAUGCCGUACAGAGCAGAGCUUGAGUUUUCAACUAGACUGAUCGACAGUAAUUUCAGCAAUUAUUCUUCAUGGUAUUAUCGUUCAUAUCUUUUACCUAUUCUUUUUCCUGAUCCUGAGAAUCAGUUUAUUGUGGAAAAGCAAGCACUGGAAUGUGAAUAUCGAGUGAAGUUUUUCGAUAGACUAGAAAAUGCUAUUUUUGUGGAUCCAGAAGACCAUAGUGCAUGGAUGUUCAUUGAAUGGCUUUUCUUUAGUCCAAAAAUAUCGUGUCCUCUUAAAAAUAUCUGUGUAUUAGGAUUUAUAUGUGAUGUUUGUCAAGGAAACUGUGAGAGUAUUAUAACGAUUACGUUCAGUCAUGCUUUAUUCGCAAAACAUGUGUCCAACUUUCUGCUUAUAAUUUUAGAAGGCGAUGUGCAGUGGGAUCCUUCUACGUGUGAUGCUGUGCAACAUUUGGGAACUAUCUCUUAUAGUCUGUCACAUGCUUUUAAAAUUACUUCCGCGAUAAAAGAAUGUAAUUUACGGCGUUCACUUAUGGAUCCGUUUAAGAUGAUCAAUAUAGAACAGCCUUAUUUCAAUAAAUCCAGACUUUAUAAUAUCUAUGAAAUCGAAUGUGAAGAGCUUAGUGAGCCACGGAAGCAGAUUAUUAAAAAAUUAAUGAGAAUUUGUGAAGUACUGAUUGAGGAACUAGAAAUCGAUGAUAAAAAUGAACUUAUGAGAUGGCCCGUGCUUACAUACACUCUUGCACUGAUGAAAUUGAAUCCUAUUGAAAUGUGUGAUACGAUACUGGCUAACUUAAAUAAAUUGGCGGUGGAAAUUGAUCCACAGAGGAGUGGUAUGUAUCUGGAGAUAGCUUCAGAUAUACAAGUCAACAAAAGAUUACGUGAGAAAAUAAAUGGUGUACGAGCAAUAGAUCUUUUAUUUGCACAAGUGUUACAAACUGGUAAGGGGCUGUUGAAGAUGGACAAUUUGGGUCUGAAAAGAAGUAACCAUUUACAGUAUCUUACUUCAUUCAUUACUCAUCUGGAUGUUACUGGAAACCAAUUUGCAGACCUGCGUGAAUUUCGAAAAUUUUGGCGUCUAACUCACUUAAAGCUUCAUAAAAAUCCAAUUAACAGUUCGGAAGAGAUCAGUUUACCUCAGCUAAGCUAUCUCGGUACUGAUACAGAAUCAGUAGUUGGUUCAAGUAAUGAAGUUAAACCUGACUGGGAAAAAUUUGAAACACAUAAUGGAGUUGAAGACUGCCCAGAUAUAUUUGACGAAUGUCCGGAUUUAUUAAUUUGA